AUGAAGAAUAACUGUGAAAUAUAUACAGUAUCUAAAAGUUCUAAUCUUGAAGCGGGAGAUAAUAAUAGGGAUGGUGUUUCCAAAGAAGGAGUUUCAGAAUUCGUUGGUGUAAAUGAUAAUGUUAUUAAUGAUGUUGUUGUCAUUGAUGAUGUUGCUGAACCUCCUGUUCCUGGUGCUAUAAGAAUAACUCUUCAAGCUCCAAGUGGCAAUAUUUCAGUUCCUUCAUAUUGUUCUGGUGGCAGUCUAGGAUGUACUUUUUGGGGAGCCAAUGAAAUUCAGUAUCCAAAUGAUGGAGCAGGAUUCGCAUUUUUCACAACUCGAGCCUAUGCCGCUAAAUAUUCACCACCCGCCAGUUGUAAUUUUCUAAAUGUUUCCAAUCCCAAUGAUGAAUGUUUCUUUAACCAAAAGACUGCCAAUACUACAGAAAUUUUACCUAAAUCUUAUAUUGGAGGAAUUGAAGAUUAUACGAUGAUGAUAGAACAUUCGAUCAGAGGAAAAGCCACUUCAAUAGCAAUUCGUAAUGGAUUAUUAGAUGGUCAACUUUUAUCUUCAGAUAGAAAAACUGUAGUGGAAACUUUUACCAAUGCAUCAAGAACGGCAAAAGAUCCCAAUGCAGAUGGAGAUAUUAUUUCUAUUAGACAAAUGUUACAAGCCGCAAAUGCAAAUCUUGAUGCUUUAUCUACAGCACCAGGAGCUUCUGACGGAGAAACUUAUAGAUCUUCGGGAAUAGUUAUUGUUGUUGUUAUUGAAUACAAGAAUGUUGCUUUCAAGAAAGUUGCAACCGCCAUAGUGGAAUUACUUAUGUUGCAUUUCUUACCAGAAAAAGAUCAUUAUUCACAUGCAGUAAUAGAACAUACUCAUGAUUUUGAAGAUUUACGAAGAGGUUUGGUAAAUAAAGAAGAUAUUAAAAACAGACCUGGACCUGAUACGGAAUAA